AUAAUACUAUACCUGAUCGCACAUCAGAACCGUCGUCAGCGUUCAGUAGCGGUAGUGCAGCGACAGCGAUCGAAACGAUUUUCCUGGAGAGAAGUUUCCUGAACAUAUAUCAUAGUCUCUCCACUUAAAGUCGACUACAGAGUUUUUCUUAUACACACCAUUAUCCCUAGAAAAUUACUACUUUUACAAAGAUGUCUCAUAUCAAUAAUUUCAAGUCGAUGUUGACAAUUGCCGUGGUUGUCGGUGUAGCGUUUGCUGCUCCCAAUAAAGACAAAUCUGAACUGAGUAACGAAAUUGCCCAAUCCGGAUCGUUCAUUACCAAGAACGGUGACUCUGUGUCUGCAUCCUUCGGAGGUUUCCACGCAGCUGCUUCUCUGGCCGACGAUGGUAGUGCUAUGGCUUCCGCCGGUGGCAACGGCCUUGGUGCCAGUAGCGGGUACGGUGCGGGAGGUGCCGGAGCUGGAGCCGGAUUCAUCGGCGUUAACGAAUUCGUGUCUACCGGAAUGCCAAUGAAACCAGCUACCGGAGGAUACGGUAACAGUGGAAAACCCGAAGGGCCAUACUACCCAGGAGGAGCUGGAGCUGGAAUCGGCGGAAACGGUAGCGGUGGUUUAUUCGACAGGAUUUUCGCCAUUCCCAUCAAUGUAUUACAGUCCGUCAAUACGUACUUAAACCAGAAACAAAUUCAUCAAGGACAACCAGGAGUCGUGGUUCACGGUCACCACCAGAACAACGGUGUUGCCUCCGCCUCAGCAUCUGCUGUUGCUGGCAGUGCCGCGUACGGCAACUCUGACAAAGCUCCAUUAGCGUCUGUCAGUUCCGACUACGGACACGAGUCUGCUGGAGCCUCCGGAAACGGAAAAGCCGGUGCUUCAAUGAUGGUACAGACAAAAACAAAUUACGAUGAAAUAUUCAACAUCCCGAUCACAGCAUUGAGGUCCGUCCAGAACUUGUUGAACGGUUAACUCGUUGCAGUUACUGAAGCAUGAUGGUGGUGGUUGAAAUGAUGUUGAAAAACUAUGUCAUAUAUAACAGCGGUGUACACUGAAGUAGGCCCUCAACAAUGCAACCACACACACAACACGCACCCACAUUUAGUCUUCAUCGUUAGAACAUUGUAAUUUGUAAUAUCAUUAUAAGUGUGUAACGUUUAGUCUAUAUGUAGCUUUGUACCGUGUGUACGUACUAUUUUUAUAUUUAUUAUUAUUAUUUUUUUUUGGUAUAUAAGUAUUGUAUACUAUGUGGAGUACAUUUUUUGAAACGUCAGACUCCUGCGUAACACAUUACCAUGUCUUGUAUUAAAUAAACCACUCCAUAUAAUAUAUAUACAUAUAUUUCUAUAUAAUAUAACAUACUAUUGUAAUAGUAUAAAUAGUAAUAUUUUUCUUUUAUUCAUACUACAACAUUGAUUAUUCAUUAUGUAUGCGUGUGAGGUACUGUGAAAUAUUAUUAAUGUAAUUUAGUAAUAGUAAUACGUACGCAUGUAUAUUACGCAGUAUGUACCUACCGCUGUCUAACUUUUGUAUUCAUUUUUUUUUUUAUUAUUAUUUUUUUUUAUUUAUACAUAUUUUUUAAAUAAUCAUUGAAUAAAAAUAUGGUUUUAAUUUA